AUGGCGUCUCCGUCGUGGAUCAUCCUGAGCCGGAAGGCGACCGCGCCCGCCGCCGGCGACGACGGCCUCCCGCAGGGCGCCGCGCUCUCCCUCGCGCUCGCCGCGCCGCCGCGGGUCACCACCGUCAAGCUGCGCCCGGCCGCCUGCCCCGUCGAGCCGGACCCCCCCUGCAGGCACAAGUUCCCCUGCGUCCUCGCCGCCGACCCCUCCGGCCUCCUCCUCAUCCUCACCCCGCCGCCCCUCUCCGAGAGGGACGAAGGGGAGCUGCGCACCAGUCGUGACGCCAGAGGCGUCGAGCGCACCAUCCGCAUCGGCCGUGUCCCCAGCCCGCGCUACGUCGUCUGCGACCUCUCCUCCGCCACCGCCACCGCCACCGCCUCGCCCGUCCCCGACCCCCGCGAGCUCAUCUUCAACAACGACCUCGGCGUCAUCGCCGCGCCAGGAGGCGGCGGCCGAUUCAUGGUGGUCGAGUUCCAGACCAUCGUCGGCGGCCGCGAAGCCACCCUCCUCUGCUUCUCCUCCGAGAGCGGCAAGUGGGCCAGGAAGAAGGUCGCCAACCCCCUGCCGCGUUGGAUGUGGACCUUCUCCGACAUCGUCUCCCACGGCGGCAAGCUCUGGUGGGUGGAUUGCGUGGCGGGCCUUCUCGCUUGCGAUCCCUUUGCCGAGGAGCCGGCCAUGGAGUAUGUCCAGCUCCCGGCUGGGGACGUCAGCAACGGCGUCUUCCGGUGCGUCGAGAUGAGCUGUGCAAGCCACGGCGCCCCCAAGGUUUCCAUGCGCACGCUGGCUGAUCCGAGUACCGCAGAGUGGACGUUUGAGUACGAGGCGAGCUUUUCUGAGAUCUGGGCCGGUGACUCGUACAAGGCGGCGGGGCUGCCGAACAAGGCUCCCGUACUCGCUCUCGUCCACCCCGACAAUCCAGACGUGGUUUACUUCUUCCUGGAACAGCGCCUCUUCGGCGUCGACAUGCGCGCGAGGGAGGUCGUGGAGUGCGAACCCUUGGACCCGGCCAAGUCGCAGAAGAAAGGCAGCUACUCUUCCGGGCUUGUUUUCCCAUUUGAGCUUCCUCCCAUGUUCUCCGCAGAACAUGAUCAUGUGGCAUGUGCGUAUGCCAUUAUGCAUAACAAACAAGCUUACAUUAGGUUCGACCGCUCUAGAGUGUGGAUUGGUCUACUGCUUAGAGCUUACCAUACACCGUUGAGCUAG